AAAGCAAGAGGUCAAAGAACUGAAAAUGUGCUGCAAUGAUGCCAACACCCACUGUGAAGAAUUAAAAAGACAACUGCAACAGAGCCAGGAGGAUGCAGAUCGCCUGCAGCGGCAGCUGAGGGAGAGGGACGCUGCCUUCAAACAGCUGCAGCAGGAUUUUAAAGACCAGACCGAGGAGAAUCAAAAACUGCAGUCUGAAAACAGCAACAAGGAGAGGCAGGUGAAAGACGCUGUGGAGAACGCUGCUAACCUACAGCAGCAGCUGCAGGAGAAGGACGCCUUGAUCAACCAGCUGCAGCAGGAGGUAGACCAACGGACCGCGGACUAUCACAAAGUGCAGGACGACUACGACAACCUGCAAAAUGAGAAGAACGAUCUUGAGAGCAGAGUGCAAG